UAACAUCCAGAUACGGCCAGCUCGUCAGACUCGACAUCCCCCCUCCAAGAACCGACGAUGGUGAAAAGUACGCGUUUGUCGAAUACAAAGACUACGAAAGUUGUGAAAAAGCGUUGGAAUUGGACGGCAAAACCCUCCCAUGUUCCUUGAAGGAUGGGUUGGUGGUCCAAAUCGCCAGAUCGGACCCCUACAGCACCAGAAGAGGCGCCUUCAGAGGCUCUAGAGGUGGCUACGGCUAUGCUCCUAGAGGCAGAGGUGGUUAUGGCUACCCUAGAGGUGGCUAUGGCUAUGCUCCCAGAGGUGGCUACGAAGGCAGAGGUGGCUAUGAAGGCAGAGGUGCCUACGAAGGAAGGGGAGGUUACGCCAGAGGUGGCUAUGGCAGAGGUGGCUAUGGCAGAGGUGGCUACAGAGGUGGCUACGAAGGCGAAUACUCUGACAGAGAAUACCGAGGCGAACGUGGCUCCGACGGUGGUAGAGACUACGACUACAGAGGAGACCGUCCCGAAGGCGGCGAACCAGCAUACGAUCCUAGAGACGACAAAUAUGGUCAUGAUGAACGUGACAAAUACGCCCACGACGAUCGUGACAAGUACGAUCAUGACGACCGUGAACGUGAACCCAAGCCAUCCCACGACGAGGGCCGUGAGGGCCGUGAAAGCCGUGACAGCCGUGAUUACGGUAGAGGAAAAUACUCCAGAUCACCAUCAAGAUCACCCAACAGAGCAAGAGAAAGAUCCAGAUCACCAGAACGUUAUUAAGUCCAAUAACCGGUACGCUCAUUUAUCCUAGCUCAUCCAACUUGUAAAAUCACCAUGAACCAUCAAUCGAUUCGUAAAUCACCGUCUAUAUCAAAUCAUUGUAAAAGUAUUCCAUCAUCCCAAUCCAUCCAAGAAUCCAAACAUGUAGAAU